UGAAUAUGAAGGAUUGGUUUUGACAAAUCAUAGCAAAAUAAAUUUAAAGGACUGCUGUUACAUGGUAGCGGAAGCUUGGAGUUUGGUUACGCCAGUGACGCUAAGACGUGCGUGGAAUAAACUGAAAGGCCUACCGUCUGAGAAGAACAAAAAAAAAAAAGAAUCUGAAGAAAAUGAGAAACAAGAAUAUGGAGAGGAUGAUGAUGAUGAAGAUGCGUUGUCACUUGAGGAAAUAAGAAAAAUGAUUGUAAAAAUUCCUGGUUGUACAAAAGUAAGUGCUGAAGAUGUAGGAGAGUGGAUGGCUUGUGACACGUCUGACCCUGGUUUUCAAUUUCUCAAUGACGAUGAAAUUGUUGUAAGUGUGAGAGAAGAUGUUGAAGUGGAAGUGGAAGGAGAACUUUCUGCUGAUGUUGAAGUAGACCCUGGACCAUCAGCUAGUGAAGCAUUUGCCGGCCUCGAGACUGCUUUGAAGUGGAUGGAGCGUCAGCCCGAGUGUGACCACUUGCAACUGCUCACCGUCAAGCGAAUGCGUGACCUGGCUGUCCGAAAAUGGUUGAAGACCGCAAAACAGCUUACAUUGACGGAGAUGUUUAAAAAACAAUGAUUUUUAUUUCUAAACUUGUACAUAAGUACAUUUUAUUUAUAUUUAAAGCAUGUGAAAACAUGUUUCUUCCAUUUAAUUCAAUAAAAAAAUAGUGCAAUAUCAAAACGUAGCUCUUAUUCUCUCCAAUGGCAAUUUAAAAAAAAAAAAUCCGAUUAUCCGAAUAUUUGAUUAUCCGAAUGGGUCCCGGUCCCCAUUAAUUCGGAUAAUUGGAGUUCUACUGUA